AUUGCUUGACAAUCUGACGGCCCAGAAGCUAACUUACCAGUUGCAACGAGUUACAAUCGAGAGCUUGAUAAGGGUACUUCCCUUAGAGGAAAAUUCUGUCUCUUGCAAUUUUCUGCUUAACCUUCUCAAAGUGAGUCUACUAAUGGAGAGCGACUCUGAUCUGGUAAAGAGGCUGGAGAGAAGAAUAGCCAUCAUGUUGGAGAAAUGCAGCGUGCGCGAUCUCUUGGUGAAGAACCGCAUAGAUGGUGAUACUACGUACGAUGUCGGAGUUGUUAUCAGAGUGGUGCAAUGCUAUGUUUCUGUUGUCUGGAUAAAUCAUCCGCCAAAACUAUUCGCUGUAGGAAGACUGGUUGAUGGGUACCUCGCAUUUGUGGCGAGGGAGGAGAGACUCUCGGUCAGGGACUUCCAGUCCCUUGCAGAGGCAUUGCCAACAGAUGCUCGGUUUUGCAACGAUAACCUCUAUAGGGCUAUUGACAUGUACAUCAAGGCACAUCCUAACAUAACAGAGGCUGAGAGGAUGGGAAUUUGCAAGGCAAUGGACUACCACAGACUGUCGAAAGAAGCGCAAGAGCACUCGUUGAAGAAUGACCGGUUGCCCCUGGACAUGAUGGCAAGAUUCAUCCUCAUGGAGCAAGUGAACAUGAUGAGGUCGGCAACCAACUCCCGAUCAGAUUAUAGAAGAACUGCCACACAGGCGGUCCUGAGAACCAGUACCGGCUCGAGCCACGGCUCGAGCCACAGCUGGUUGAGUUCACAGAAGGAGGUGAGGAUGAUGAAGAAAGAGGUGGAUGUGAUGCAGGCCCAGAUAAGGCAGUUGCAGCAGUGUAGGUUGAAGCUUCGGACCCAAAUGAGGGGAGCCAAAUAGAGAGAAGAGAAAGAGUUUUUCAUGCUAACCCAUGCUCCAUGCGACAUGCUAAUGGGUUGUGCUCAUGGCUUAGAUGCUAGUCUCUCUUCUCUGUUUGGCUUUGCUUGGAUCUCGAUUAAGUGGUGUAUGGUCAGCAACUUUGAGAAUGGUGUAGCGCCGGAAAAUUCCCUUUCCUUUCAACCCUUAGAAUUUUGAUGGGAUAAUAAAUGG